UGGCGUUUACUUGAUCAUGGACUUAAAGUUUAGUGCUCUCAGUUUUGAGAAGUCUCCUAGGUUGUUAAUUAUCUAUAAGGUAUUUAAUUUGUGCCUAAACUAUAUAUAAUUUUCUUAUUUUGUGUAUUUUUUUCUUUUAUCUUAACUUCUCAAUGGCUUUAGAAAUAUCUAUAUCAUUUAUUGAUUCUUGUUGGUAUUCUAAUAUCCAUUACAUUUAUUGAUUCUUGUGUAUUCUAGCUUUGUGGUUAAUUAUAAGUUCAUAGAAUAAGUUUUUGUUAAUGAAUAUACUUAUGUCAUUUUGAAUAUAUAUCCAACAUGCAUAUCGUGACAAGAUCUGUCCACAGAAAUUUAAAAAGAGGGAAAAAAGUAUAAAAUCGCUGCGGAAAAAAAUGGUGGGAAAUUGAAGUCUUUACUGGAAAAGAUCUCCACAUUUAAGCGUUUGUUUUGACGCAGGAACAUCUACUAAGGGAAUAUGAGCUUCUAUCUUGGCUCGUCAACUUCUCUGCACUAUAAACCUCUAUGCAGAGGCAACCUAUCUGCUUCCCUGUCCUACUCAGAUGGAAACAUUCUACAUUUUUUUCAUUCGAUCUUCGCUUUCACUUCCUUGAAUGCCUAAGGUUGCCAUCUCACCAGAAUGUUAUGGUGGGAACUAUCUGUGCAUCAUGCCAUGCCAACCACAAUAAUUGUAAGGGACAAUGUGUUAGUUCAUCACGCCAUGCCUCCAAUCACUAAUCAUAAGGAGAUCAAUGAGUUCUUUCAUGCCAUGUCUUCUAUAUACUGAAUUCGUGCUGUGUUAUUGGUGAAGCAUGCUUAGCAAUGACAACUCAGACCUGACACCAUGGAUCUAAGCCUUUAUUUGCUUUCAUCAUAUUCAUCCUCUUGCUUUAGUUCAUCAUGCAAGGCCUCUACGUCCUUACUUUCACCAGAACCUUCACAAUUUUGCAGGUUUUGUACUUUAUCUAACUUGUUACGGGAAAAUAAUGCCUGAAUUAGUAGCUGAUGCACACUGCUGCAAGGUCAUUAUACAACCUUAUAUAUUGCAUCUGUCUCAUGCUACUUUUCUUGCAGGAUUUGCAUUUGUAUAUUUUGAGGAUGAGCGAGAUGCUGAAGAUGCCAUCCGUGGUCUUGAUGGCAGACCGUUUGGCUAUGACAGGCGCAGAUUGUCAGUAGAAUGGGCAAGGGGUGAACGUGGCAGGCAUCAUGAUAGCAAGGCAGCAAACCAGAGACCGACUAAAACUUUGUUUGUUAUAAACUUUGAUCCUAUUAGCACUAGGGUCUAUGACAUAGAACGACACUUUGAACCUUAUGGAAAGGUUCUCAAUGUCCGCAUUCGUCGGAAUUUUGCAUUUGUGCAAUUUGAGACGCAAGAAGAAGCCACAAAAGCAUUGGAGUGCACACACAUGAGCAAGAUAUUAGACAGAGUGGUUUCUGUUGAAUAUGCUUUAAGGGAUGAUGAUGAGAGGGGUGGAAGAUAUGAUAGCCCCCCCAGAAGAGAUUAUGGAAGGCGCGGUAGAGAUAGUCCUUACAGAAGGUCACCCAGUCCAGUUUAUCGCAGGAGUCGACCAAGUCCUGAUUAUGGGCGUUCU